AUGGUUGGACGUGAUUUGCCACCCGGAUGGGCUGCGCUCUUCAUCUUGUCAAUACUGAGCCUCUUUAUAUGCCUGUAUGGGUGUCCCCUUUCGAGUCCCCCUCCGCGUCGCCCUGGCUAUCAUAUUCCGGUUGGGUAUGAAACCUCGCUUCCACUGCCGCCUCCCCCUCCGUCAACAUCUCAGUUUCCAUCUCCGCUUCCAACUCCGUCAACAUUUCUGCCUCCAACUCUUUCAAAACCUCCGCGUAAAAUUCUGGGAAUGAAAGGCCAGUACGAUGAUGUCGUCCCUAAAUACAAUCCCAAUAAGAUGGUCACCCUCACCAUCCCACAAAAGCUCUUUCCUGAUCUGCCUAAUCGACUACAACUAAGUUCCGUACAUCCACUGUCCGGUCGGAGUAUCGAAUCUUAUGUGCAUGGUAUGCGUGGUUUCCCCAUGGAAGUGUCCUACCAAAUAAAUUCGACCAUGAGUGCUGACGGUGUACAUGUGGCUGAGAUUGACUUCCGUCCGCCGUUUGUAACCGAAGAAGGAGGCCUGAUAAACCUCAAUGUUACCUACAAAUACUGCUUACCGGAACAAGAAGGCCGGCACGUGGGAGUGUGUCAAGAUCCAAUGAGUAAAAGCCAGGUAAUUUAUGCCUCGUUUGUUCGGAAGAUUGAAAUCAUUCUGGGUGAGUCAGACAAACCAAUCUACAAACCUGGUGAAAAUAUCCACUUUCGUUUCGUCGCCCUCAAUUCACGGCAACUUUAUCCAACUAGUGAAAGAGUCCAGUGGCCCGAAUUUCAACAUGAUAUGCGAGAUUUCCAUAAUCCUACGUUUCUUGAGGUCGCUGAAGACGAAAAACGCAGACGUGAAGAGUCUUUGGGAUUCGAUUUGAUCUAUAUAGAAGACCCUGAUGGAAAUCGAGUGAAAGAGUGGAAGAAUGUUCCCCAGGCGACAGCAUUCAAUUUGUCCUUCCCCUUGAUGCAGGAUGUUACCGAGGGGUUUUGGCGUCUAGUAGCAAAGGUCUUCUCCAACAUUAAAACGCUACAGGUGGACGUGAAGAAUAACGUUCUUCCGCGGUUCUUGGCCACCAUUCAGGUUCCAAAUGAGGUGGACAUCAGUGCCGAGACGCAACACUUUAAUGUCUGUGCCAAAUACAACAACGGCGUUUCCUUUCGUGGACACUACGAUGCUCAAAUCUGUGUGUGUUCUGAAACGGAUUUGAGGCAGCAGCAGAACCUGGGUACCCUGUUUGAAAAUGAUGUCUGCGUGUCUGGAAUAGAUUCGAAGAGACCUGGAGCUCAGUGUCUUCAUGUUGCUGGCAGUCUUUACGGUACACCUGAGAAUGCAGGGUGCGUAAGUGUGAGCAUUCCCAUGAACUCGUUGAUGGAGCAGGAUCAAGUGAAUUAUGAAUGGGAUCAAAGAGUCGGUUUCAUCGUCACAAUCAGUGAGUCAGAUACGGGUUCCGCAGUGACACAGUUCGAUCAAGCAAACAUUCGUCGUAUUCCAUCUCCAAAACUGGAUCUAGGAAUUGAUAGUACCUACCGUCCGGGUUUGCCUAUUUACGCUAAAGUGCGUCUGACGGAGAUAAAUACUGCUAUGAGAGUCCCUUCGGCAAAAGCGAAAUUGGAGUUAUUUGAAAAAGUCAACGAUUGUUACUCCUCCAAUCCGAUGAAUCUGAAGCUCUGUUCAACACCAGCCAUCUUUGAGUCACGAUCGAAAUCACUUACCACAAACAACUUUAACAAACACUCGAUGAUGCCUGGAGAGAGAGUUGGUCUGCGAAUUAGCAUUCCAACCGCCCGAAGCAUAGAUACUUACGGUGUUGAUAACUGCUGUAUGUUGCGUCUUGUGGACACAUCACUGAAGAAUUUUGAGAAGUUCAAGGAUACAUUUAUUGACCUAAACACGUAUACCAAGGAACUUCAGAAUGACCACCAUUCUUACUAUAGUGACAAAUCCAUGGACAGCACAUCAACCGCUUUCGAUGCGAUCGGUUUAAAGUUUAUUGAUUCAAGACCCCCGAGAACGGAAUUUGAUGAAUAUACACCGUGUCCGGAGCCCACCAUGGAGGAGGUCUGGCCUACGGCUACGGGGUUUAUCCCUGUCUGUGAAACGGCAGGGACUAAUGUCAACGUAAAACCACGAGUCCGUGAUUUCUUUCCAGAGGUCUGGCUAUUUGACAUCGUAACACUCAACCAAGCAGGACAGUAUAAAGCCUUGCUUACUGCACCAGAUAGCAUGACUAGUUGGGAGUUCACGUCUCUCUGCUUCACGCCUAAUCUGGGCAUCUGGAUGCCACCUAGACUGGAACCGGAGACUAUCACCAUCUCACUCCCCUUCUACGUCGAAUUCACUCCCCCAGUGAAGGCCAAGAGACACGAAAUCUUACACUUGCCCGGUAUAGAAGCAGAAAUUAUCGUGGGAGGAGAGCUGUGUAUUUCCGAUGGAAGAAAGUCGCUGGAGGAGGAAAUGCGAUUAGACCUACCGGAGCACACAGUGGAGGGUUCACUGCGUAGCUAUGUCUCAGUAAGUGGCGAUGUGCUCGCUAAGCCAAUGAAUAAUCUGGAUAAUCUAGUAAAACUGCCAACGGGCUGCGGGGAGCAGAAUAUGGUGAAGGUAGCACCAAGUGUUUACGUGCUCAAGUAUUUGGUUGCAGCUACAGACCUGCAGGAGCCCGAUAUCAAGAAAUUGGCACAGGCAGCAAUCAAGUACAUCAUUAGUGGCUACACCAAUCAGCUCAACUAUCGUCAUGAUAAUGGCUCUUUCGCAGUUUUCCUCUCCUGGAAGCCCGACAGUACUUGGUUAACAGCCUUUGUUUUCGGUGUGUUCAGCGAGGCUGAAAGGCUGCUGCAAGAAAAGGCCCUCGAAAAUUUGCGGACUGUUGACGUUACUUUCGAAUCGCCACUCUCCACGUCUUUCAAAUCUCUCAAGGCAAUGCAACGUGAGGAUGGUUGUUUUGUGGAGUACGGUCGAGUAUUUCAAUUAGCCCUACAGGCUUUUGGCAGUUCUCCAAGAGCAAACGGCCUCAAGGACCUGCUUCUUACUUUGUACGUCCUUUCAGCUCUGGUCGAAGCUCCAGUGGCUCUUAAGGAAGACAAAUCUCAACCUUAUUCCAAUGCAUUAGAAUCGGCGAGUAGAACGGAGUACCAGUCUAUCUCUGAACUGCGGCCUAUCAUCCGCUGGUUGUUGACACAACAGAAUGAGCGAGGUGGCUUCUACUCGACUCAAGACACUGUUGUGGCCCUGCGGGCACUCGCGCAUGCGGCUAACUGGCUGCAAAUCUCGGCAGGACGAGAAGCCCAAGCAGUAGUGACGACGAGUAUUCUGCCUGGAGGUCUGAAGACGGAGGGUAUAGUAGUGAACCGGUCGAAUGUACAUAUCUCCCAGCAAGUUGGACUGGGCUACCACAACCCAGAAGCGUCGAUGGAGGUCAAGUGGGAGGUGUCCGACCCAGGGAACGCCAUCUGUGUGUUGGUGCAACUUUCUGUCCUCUUUAACGUGCCCAAUCACGAGCCUGAUCCGGACAUCGAAAAUUAUCCCUUUUCGAUCAGUGUCCGCAUAAUCCAGGCUGAAGAGUCCACCGCAAAAUGCACUCAGCCCAAGACGGCCGUGUGUGUACGCUUAUCUGAACAAACUGUUAACUCAAAUGAACCUAUCCCCGAAGGCAUGAUUCUCCUUACGUUUAAGUUGCCAACUGGAUGGAAAAUUAACUGUGCAGAUUUGGAAAAAUUGCGAUACCCUGGCCUGAGUAGUGUUGAAUGCGAUGCACAAAAGCAGGAACUGUUUGCCUACUUUGAUGGAUUCACAGAUAGUGAAGCCGAGCACAUCGGUGGAUGUGAAAAGAUGGCGCGAUGUAUCAGUCCAACACUAAAGCAAAGCGUGUUUGUCGAAGAUCUCAAAGCCUCUCUGAUACGCCUACAAUAUUACUAUGCUCCAGAACAAAAGACCGAAAUCCCCAUUCGACUAAACACCUACAAAAUCUACUGGCAAUCCCGAUUUUCUGCAGCAGACAAACACGACUGA